GAGAGAGGCAGUGGAGUUUGCUCUACUCACUUGUGUGGACUCAAUAUAACCCCCAGUUUCUCUUUUUAAGUUUUAGCUCUAAAAAUCUCAAAUCUCUAUGUUGUUUGAUCACAUGUUUAGUCAGAUUUGGUCUUGGUUAUCUACUUCCCCUCAGGCUUGUUCUCGGAUUUGACAGAAGAAGAUGAAGGAUGUGAUGCUUUUUUCCCUCCUUUUUUAGGGGUCCAAGCAUCUAAUGCUUGAUAGGACCAUGAAGAGACUUGGUUUAUUGGUUUAUUGAUCCUACACACAUACUUAACUUUUACUUUUAUAUUCACUCUGGAUUCUCAUUUUUUUUAAUGGAGAAUUGAAAGAAAAAAAAUUCCUAAAAAGAACAAUGUCCGGACAAGGAAUACUCAACAGCGUCUUCUCCUGCUCAUCAACGGGAGCCAAGACUUUCUCCAAAAGGAAACUGAGACAGACUCGAAGUUUGGACCCGGCGCUGAUCCGGAACUGUGGGACAGAGCUGGAUGAGAAAAGACCAGCCGCUACGCCGAUUUUCCGAGUCCCUGUCGACCAUCUAUCAGCCCCAGACCCGGAUUACGAUCUGAAAAGUGCCAAAAAAAGGAGCCAAACCCAGGACCUGCCCCUUCUGAGUCCAGCCCAGCCCAUAUUCUCACCUAAAAAGUGUCUACAGAAAGGUGUGCCACAGGUGGAUGCUCUGGACACCUUCUCUGGGGACGUCUGGAAAUCUGGGGGGGACUUUGCGUGGAGGAGUGUGUGUGGACGGUAUUUUCGGCUGAAGGCGGUUCCUCUGCAGAGUUUAUCAGAGCUGGAGAGAGUUCGACUGCAGGAGGUCGCCUUCAUGCGCCUGCUGCAGGAUUAUGACCUGGGCUGCCACAUCUCCAUCCCUAAAGAUGGACAUAAGAGGAAAAAGUCGCUCAGGAGGAAGUUGGAUUAUCUGGGCAAAGAAAAGAAAGAUAAAGAGUAUGUGCCUCAGGCGUUCGGCGUGCCGCUGCAGCAGGUUAUUGCUAACGAUCGCUGGCUGAAGGUGCGACAGGAUGACAGAGAGGUUCAGCGUGAUUCUGUGGUGAACGUCGCCUCGUUCCUCCUGCAUUUAACCAGCCCGAGAGACAAUAACCGACAUUUCUACAGCAGUAACUCCUCCCUCAGCUCCACCACCGACACCACCAACGACCCCUCGUCCCCCGUCAUCCCCGAGGGGACAUCACACAUACGCAGACGGGGCGGGAUGUCGGUGGACUGCAUCACUGACCUGGACGACGGUCAGUCCCGGUUGUUGGAGGCGCUGCAAUUAUCUCUGCCGGCGGAGGCGCUCAAUAAGAAAGAGAAGAAGAGAGAUAAGAAGCUGAGCCUGAACCCCAUCUACAGACAGGUUCCUCGAGUUCUGGAGCUCUGCUGCCAACAUCUGGAGAAAUACGGUCUGCACACUGUUGGGAUUUUCAGGGUCGGAAGCUCCAAGAAGAGAGUCAGACAGCUGCGUGAGGAGUUUGAUCAGGGGGUGGAGGUGGCGUUUGGUUCAGAGCACAGUGUUCAUGAUGUUGCUGGUCUGCUGAAAGAGUUCCUCAGAGACAUGCCUGAUCCCCUGCUGACCAGAGAGCUCUACACUGCCUUCAUCAAAUGUGCCUCACUGGACACUACAGAGCAGAUCACUGUCCUGCAGCUGCUCAUCUGCUUACUUCCUGCCUGUAACAGCGACACCCUGCAGCGCCUUCUUCACUUUCUAUCCACCGUAGCCAAUCACGCAGAGGAUACCUGCAACAACCAGCGGGAGAAGGUUGCAGGGAAUAAGAUGACCACUCUGAAUCUGGCCACUAUCUUCGGGCCAAACGUUCUGCACAAACUGAAGGGAACGGAGAAAGAGUUCACUGUUCAGAGCUCGGCCCGAGCUGAGGAGAGCGCCGCCGUCAUCAGAGUGAUCCAGAGAAUGAUCAUCUCUCACGAGUCCCUCUUUAUGAUUCCAGCGGAGCUUCAGGAUGAGGUUUUGCUGAGUCUGCUGGAGACGGACUGUGACGUGGUGGAUUACCUGCUGAGGAGAAAAGCUUGUCACUCAGAGAGUCCAUCCAAGCUGCUCUCAGAGGAUUCUCUCAGUCUGGGGGAAUGCUGCUCCUCCAGUGACUCUAAUAAAGCGUCCAGUGGAGAAGUUUCUCCUUAUGAAAACAACUCCCCCACUCUGUCCCAGUGGCUUCCUGUGGGGGACAGAGAGGUUCAGCUGAGUCCACAGAUUCUGCCCCCUGCUGGAGACAACAACGUCCCUGUACCCCCUCCCCUCCCUCACACCGAUGAAGAUAGGACCAAUAUGUGGGGAACGUGGCAUGCUACAUUAAAGUCUGGGCUUCAUGAUCAUCUGCACACACAGACAUAUUCUGAUCUAUCAGAUUCAGUCUUCACCAGCCCUUCAAAACCCUUCCACAGUCAACACGGCGAUGUGAAGAUACCAGUCCGUCGAACAUGCACCUCCCCGAUUCAAGACAAAGGUAGAACCCACCUACCUGUGGCACGCGCCCACAGCAGCCCCACAAGAGACAGCCCACUCGACCAAUCCUGGGACAGCCUGGUAUCGUCACCAUGGAAACUACGAAAUACUUCAGAAGUCAAAAGCCAAUCACAGGAGACACUAUACCCCAGUCUAACAAGAACCCCCACGUUACAGGAGUCCUCAAAUACAAACCGCCACAGUGACUGCAGUAACCCUCCCAGCAGCCAGGGGGCAGCACCUCUUCACAAAGACAUUACAGACCCUGCAGCGGGAAAUUAUCAGGAGAAAUGGCAGGGUUGGCCGCUGUUAUCAUCGGACGGUAUUGACACGUUACCGGAAACUCUGGUAUAAAACGAGUGCAUCUUUUUAUUCUCUUUUCAUUUUAUUUUCUGAAGAGGACCAGGAUUGAACUUUUUAUACUCGUUUUAUUUUGUGUUUGCUUACGUCACUUUAUUAAAACAGCAUUCUGAUCAUUCCAUUUCACAUAAACAUGACUUUUUGCUGCUUGUGGUUAAAGAGCUUAAAAGCUCAUAUGACUCAUUUAGUUUCUGUUUUUAAUUCCACAUUAGGUCCACUUACAAAAUCUGUGAAUGUAUAGGAAGUUCCACAAACAGUCUUAAUACAUUUUUUUUACUAAAAAAACUCUCAUUAUUCCUUAUAUAUUAAAUAUACUGUAUGGUUAUUGGUCAGUUCCAAGGUUGCAUAAAACAUUAUUUAAGUGUGUUACAUAAAAUCCCACAGACAUUUUACUCAACUAUUAGUGCUGUUUUUCAGUGAAUCAGCUCACAUUUCCACCAGUUUUAUUGGAAACCAUUAAAACAUCACACAGUUUGCACUAAAGAACAUAGUAUUAUUCUGUAUUUCCCGCUGCAAACGAAUGUUCCUGGUUCCAGAAUGCAGCUAUUUAGUUAAAUGUAGGAUAUAUAGUUCAUUAUUCUCAAGUCUUUUGGCUGUUUAGGUGAGUUUUACAGUAUGUCCCUUAAUUACUUCUAAUGUAAUAUACAUUUUUAAAUAGAUUAUUUAAGGGAUAUUCAAUACUAAAUGAUUUUUGUUUUCAGUUCACGUAAACUUGAAGUUUUGCUGCUCUAAUUUGACCCUAAAAAGCUCAUAUCACUCAUUUACAGUAGUUUCUGUUUUUAGAGUCUUUGUAAAUGUAUAGUAUGUACCAAAAACAGCCAAAUCCAAGUAUAAUUCCAAAGGGUUCAUAUACUUUUUCUUGCAACUGUAUAUAUGGGUUUUAUGCCAUUGCAAAAGCUCCUUAAAUUACAUUAUAUUCAUUCUAGACAAAUAAAAAAAAAAACCCUUGUUUCUCUGUGAAUAUAGCUCUUUAAAGGGGUUCAGAAGUCUAAAUUCUAAAAGCUGUGGUUCCUUUUUAGCUAGCUAAGCUAGCUACAGGCUAACUGAGACUAACACCAGAGUUGUUGUAAUAUCAGGGAGUGGAAGAACUGCCCAACAAGGCUAAUGUUAUAACAUAGAUUUAUAUUUAAUCCCCUGAAAGUAGACACACAUUUCUCAACAUUUCUCAACAUUUCUGAGGUUUAAACCAGCAGCAGAGUUGAACAUUUCUAUUUAGCACUUUUAUAUUAAAAUAUUAUAUUAUUGAUUGUAAUAUUUUUAAGUGAAAGCCAAAUGAAGAACAUUAAGCUUUAAACUGAUCUAAAUCAUUCUGUGGUAACUAAACAGUUGGUUCUUUUAGAUAAGAAUUUACAGCAGAAAGACCUGAGACACUUUAACGAUGCUCAGAUUAUUAUGUCCAUAAUUGACAUAAUUAGGGUUGGAGCAUCUUUCCAUCAGAAAACUUUGCAGAGAUGCUCAACACAAAUUAGGUGCUUAUUAAUGUCUUAUUAUUUGCUUAAUAAAGCCUGAAUUAGACAUGUGUAUAUGAUUUAUUCACGACUUAUUAUGCUUUACUCUGUGUUAUUAGUUUUAUUGAUGCUUAAUUAGUAGUCUGUUAAGCAGGAAUGAUUAAUAAUGGCUGUAUUAGUUCUUUUGUGCACUAUAAACAGUUAAGUCAGCACCCUGUUUUUAGCAGAUUAUUAAGAAUUAACUAUUAGCUAAUUCUUCAUGUUAUAAGUGUAUAAUUAUCAGCAGUUUGAUUAAUCUAUGUGAGUUUGGAAAGGUUAUGGCUGUGCUUGAGUUUAUUAAGAGUUAAUAAGGGGUUAAUAAAGGGUUAAUAAGUCACUAAUAGACCAAGGUGUGCACCAUAUUCUAAAGUGAGGUUCAGUUCAUCACUAAUUAGACACUAAAAAGAACUGAAUAAAUAUAUUUAAUCAAUCACAGAUCCUUAAUUAAGCACCACUAACACUUAAUAACACAGAAUAAAGUAGUAAUAAGUAGUGAAUAAAUCAGUUACGAAUGUCUAAUUAAGGCUUUAUUAAGCAAAUAAUAAGACAUUAAUAAACGCCUAGUUUGUGGACCUUAAAAUAAAGUGUUACCGACUCAUUUAUCCUUUUUAUUGGAACUAAAAUAAAGUCUACUGCAGCACAAGAACAAAAAUAGUUUAAUAAUGGUUACAGAAGGAACCGUGUGUUGCUCAUCCAUCAUACUGGUCCCUGUCCACCAUCACCUGUACAAAGGACAUGUAAAGAUACCAGAACUGGACCUCAGACUGAUGGAGAAAGGUGGAGCUCCACCUCUCAGAACUUAAAAGACCUGCUGGAACAUCUUGGAGCAAAUACCACAGAUACCACCUCAGCCUCGGCCACAUUAGUCUGGGGUAAAUGGGGUUUAUUUAAGUCCAUGUCUGUAAAACUAGCCUUUAAGUUAGUGGUACAGUAUGUAUAUAAUGAUUUAUAUGUAUUAUUAUUCUGUUCACACAUCAUGCUCUGAUACUGUACUGAGUCUGUAAUGGUUUUGAGUCGUUUUAGUAAAAAAUAAAGAAUAUUUUAUUUUAAUUUAUCUUACUGUAAAACUGUUCUAUUGUUCUGUAUCAGUCCUGUAAUCUCCUGUAAGAUCAGUGUGUAGAGUUUAUAUUGUAUUUAUUCUGUAUAUUUUGCAGCAGCCUCUUACUUUCAGUGAUAAAUAUUAAAAAAAGAUUUGUUACUUUUAAAAUAAACCAUUGUAUGAAUUAUUAAAGAUUUAUAUAUUCAAUA